AUGUCAGGCACCACAGAUGAUCCACUGGUGCUGUUGGAGAUUCUGGAGGUGCUGGGUGCAUGUCGUGGGCGUGUGUCGUACGCCGACGUCUGUGUGUACCUGAGCGGCCGCUAUGAGCUGCAGCCGCUGUUGGAGCUGCGGAGUCUGCUGUACUCCACGGCAUGCCGAGACCCAUGCUUCCCUGCCACGCUGUUCCGCGAGCGGUUGCACCCACCCUGCAGCAAUCGGCUCUCGGCCGCCGCCGAUGUUGUCUCGCUCUUCAAUCUGCUUACACACACCCGCCUGCCUCCCUCGCGCAUGCACACGACUCAGCUUGGGACCUCCUGCUUGGCCUGUGGUCAAGGGUGUGCACGCUGUGAUUGGCUGCAGGCACAGGGUGGGGCUAUAGCCUCAGGCUGUAAAUAUGAGGGUUCCACCGAAGGAUUGAUCAUUCUGAGCGGCGAGGUCUCACCCACACACACUCCAUCCCACUUGCUUGCACACUCCCACUUACAUCCACGCUGCCGAGAGAGCAUGGAGAGUGUGCACUCUUUGGACAUUCCCACUGACUGCACAGGGAAUCAGGAGUCAGCUAUCAAGGUUCUGGCAACUACUUCAGAUGCGGAUCCUGUUCAAGCUUGUGCUCAGAAGAGGAGUGUCUUUAAGGGGGAGUUCCACAGCCUGUUACCACAUAUCCCCAUGGAGAUGAGUGGCCAAUCCCAGGAAGGACUCAGAGAAGGAGGUGAGGAUGUCCCCUCCCUCACCUGCAAGAACCCCUAUCCUGAUUCUGCUGUGUACGUACAUGAUUCUGCAGAACACCUGCAAGACGCACUCACUCGUGCACACAAUCUUCCAGGACACACACACAACCCUGCUGCAUACCCAUAUAUGCAUGCUACGCAGACAACUGAUGCACAUUCACAAGGACCUGCUGCACAAAGACAUGAUGCACAAAUGCUCACUGCUGCCACUGAUGCACACACUGCUCCACACACUCAAUAUCGCCAGAAGCAUAAGAGCCUUGAUGACCUGCAGAGCUCCACCUACUUUGGGCCUACAGUGAUGGAGAGGACUCACCAGAGCCCAGCCAUGACAAACAAAAGUCACAGUCUGGACAUCGAUAGCCGAUCUGAAGGAGAAUGCCCCAAGCAUGAAAAACCUGGACUAAAUAAAACCGAUUCACGUAGGCCUGGAUCAGAGAGGUCUGCAUUAGACAAGUCUGGAUUAAAUAAACCAGGAUUAACUAAAUCUAGCUUUGAGGGCAGUAGUUUUGACAUUCCUGGCUUUGAUCCAUUCAUUGUGAGGUCGGUUCGUGACACCCUGAAGCGUCUGAGUGGACUGAGUUUGGAUACUUGGUAUGACUGGUCGCCAGAUGCUGAGGGCAUGGCGAGCGUGGCCACACAAACAGAGCUUCCUGAGCGCCGGGCUCUGAGGAGCCUCAUGCUUAGUGACAAGCUCUCAAUCGAUAACCCUGAUAUCGCUGAGGAUGACAUCAGUGCUAUCUUCCGUUUCCUAGACGACAUUAGCAUGUGUGGUUCUAUGGCAGUGUUGCCAGGAGAGGGUGGUGGAGCCCAGGAGGGGGGCGGGGCAGGGCUACCAGAGCGACGGGAGCGUCUGGGGAAGCUCCGGCGUCUGUUCCACUCUCUUGAGGGGCCAGAGGAAGGGGUGCGAUGGGGUGUCGGCCGGCUACUGCAGCGUGUCACGGAGCUGGAACAGCGACUUGAACCAAUCUCAGAACUGCGGGAUCAACUGGCCCUUGUCCUUUCCACUCUGAACCGGCUGGAGCAAAGAGGACAGCUUAUACACUCACACUUAGAGCCAAAGCCUGUAGACCAGCAGCCUGGACCAGAACCCAGUACCCAGCAGCAGGGAGAGUUUAUUCUCGAUCCAGGGCCAGAAGGGGCUGUAGCCAAGCACAGAGGCCUGUUCACACGCCGGGCUUCCAGGAGCCACACAGGGAGCAACAGCUCUGAACACCACCGUGAAUGGAGCAUUAGCUUCAGCAAAGAGCAGCGCUCACAGCCCACACAGACAGAGCAGCAGGGAGUUCUGCGUAAGAAAGAGGUCCACCCUGUGCAGGAGAGGAAAAAUUCUCAUCUUAUUCCUGAGACCCAUCGAGCUCCAUUGCGAAGUUGCAUGCAUAGCCCUACGCUGAGGCCAACUGACCGUCCCAAAGUUUCCUGGAGGCAAUCAGAGCUGACGCCUCUUGACCUGCAGGUCCCUGAGUCUCUGGACUUCUGGAUGGAUGAGGUUUACACUCCAGCGGCAUCGGAGACACUCCUGCAUCGCUCCCAGUCGCUCACACGUUGCAGCAGGAACCAGGCCUACCGCAUCACUGCGCUCAGUGUCACUGCCACGGUCAUACUCAUCCUCGUCAUUGUCAUCCCAAUAUGCACUGCGUAAUAUGCACACACUCACUGUCAUUUAGCACUGUAUAAUGCUUUUAGCAAGCUAGUUUUUAAGCAAGACCGCAAAAUGAGUUAAGUGGGUUUUAACUGAGUUUUAACAUGCUGCCCCUCUGUACAAUAAAUUAUCUUCAAUUAAUAAAUUUUUCCAAAGCACUAUUUGACUGUAUAGUUUGAUGUUGUACU